AUGGAUGAAAUAUCGGAUUUCAAGUUCAAAUUCCACCCCCAUCAUGGUCUACCGCCUCAACGUGGCGCGGGGUUGACUCUGGGUGUCGAACUGCGAAGUACAGCGGAGGUUUAUCCUCCUCCCAAGCUGAGAAGGAGCUCGAUCCGGUUUCCCGGAAGCCCAGCUAAGGGGAAGCCAUGCCAAAAGCACCACCGUCUGGCUGAGUUAGUUGCUAGGUGGCCUCCUGAUCCAUAA